AUGGCGUCCGCAAAACGUGGGCCGUCGGUACUGGUUACCGAUUCCCGACAGAGACCGCCUUCACGUGGAGGAUCCCAGAUCCAGAGACCAGCAGGUCCUGCUCGAAUGCCCUCGAUGCGCUUAAUAUCAGUCGACAACGUCCUCCAGUAUGCCUCGGAGAUCCCGUCAGGUCAGCCACGAGUUCCACCCGGUAUGGCUGGACGGCGCGUCAGCGGUGGCGGACUGCCCAUGCUUGCUUCGCGAACUGGCCAGCAGAACAUGCCGUCACGAACAACGCGCAUCAGCGAGAAGCUAGUUCUGCUACCGGUCACGGACGAGAAGGCACACGGCUCUGACGAAGAGUUGGAGGACGAAGAGGAGAACCGACCGUUGAAGGACGAGGAGCUCGAUGUUCUGAAGAAACGAGGUGGACUCCGAGGCAAGAGCUAUGCCGAGCGAUUACCCAAAGUCCAAAGAACCGAGAAGUUCUCGAGGCUGACAGCGUAUUGCACCGCGCAAUCAUACAAGAUGAAGGCAACAUCCGAGUUCUUAAGGAAACAACACGAUGCCAAGACGAAGCUUUAUGAUGAUUGUCUGUAUACCGUCUACCACAUUCCGCUUCUGUCCGGAGUUGGGGGGUACCGAGUUCGGAGCCGACCUAUCAUGAAGACUCCGGGGACGGGCAAGACGGUACUCGACCUCGAAAUCGAGCGUAGCGAGCGUAGGGACGAACAUAUGGGCUACUACGACGAGAGCCCGAGUAACGAGAACGGCAACCACCCAACCGGCGACGCAGACAAGGAUAGAUUCCAGCAAGAAAGUAACUCGAUGAACCCUGUCAAUCGCCUAGCGCCCGACGCUAAGCAGUUUGCCGAGAUGUUUGUGUUUUCCUACGGCGUCGUCGUCUUUUGGAAUUUCACCGAGCAGCAGGAGAAGAAUAUCUUGGCCGAUCUCGCCUUCGCGGAGAACGAGACUGGAGUUUCGCUCGUUACCCGGCCACUCGACCAGAGUGAUUUUGAGACGGAAGAAUUCCACUUCGAGUACAGCGCCGAUAUCAAGAGACCCCGAGUGUUUAACGACAUGAUCACCUUGUUGCCGCGGUCGGAUCACAUGGUGAAACUCACCAUCAGUCAUGCCAUUGCGCAAAGUACCAAGCUGUGUCAAUUUGAGGGCCAGAUGUCGGAGACCAUGUUGAGUACAGAGCACGUACCGAAGCAGCUCGCCUUGACUGGAGAGUUGAAUAUGGAACGGCCUCAAAUUGUGAAACUUCUGGGACAGCUGUUCAAGAGUCGCGUCAAUAUCAACCUCUCUUCAAACAUCCUCGAUGUACCAAACUUCUUUUGGGACUCCGAACCCACACUGCAUCCACUCUAUGUCGCCAUCCGGGAGUAUCUCGAGAUCGAUCCCCGCAUCAAGGUGCUCAACGAACGUUGUCGCGUGUUCCUAGAUCUGGCCGAAAUUCUUUCCGACUCUGUUGCUGACGCCAAGAUGAGCACCAUCACCUGGAUCAUCAUCAUCCUCAUCAUCGUCAGUAUUCUGGUCACGGUCACCGAGGUUGCACUCCGCUUCGGUAUCCUUACCAAGGAGAAAGGCAAAGGCAACCGUAAUGACGAAGUCAGUGCUGCUGAAAUCCUUCGCUCCAAGCUGCAAGGUGCCAUUUCCAAUGCUACGUUGCAGGAACUACAACUAUGGAGUGCCGGCCUAAGUGAGCAGGAGAGGAAAGCGGUCUGCGGCUCGGAAUACAUUGAAACAACAUUUACUGGCAUUUGA